AUGAGUACUCCCCAACCCAACAGGAUGAAGAUAGUAGUAUCACCACUCAGCGUGCCACAGUCAGUGCUCAAAGGGCCAUCUGACGAUGAGUAUAGGAGUGAGACAUCCCUACCGCGGACCUCCUUGUCGAGGCUGCCCGAGAAGAGGGUCCUCCAACCAAGCCUUGUGGAGAACACUGAUGAGAACCUGAGCCCAUCCACAUCGAAGAAGCCGUGCUUGAGGGUCUCUUUGGCGGUCAGUGAGAGCAAUGCUGAUCUCAAGGCUGAGAUAGGGAAACUGCAGGAGAAGAUAGCGUGGAUGGCCUCAACUAGGGGAAGUGAGGUUAAUAGUGGCCUAAGACUGGCGGACUUACAGGAGGAGCUGCGGCAGGAGAGGGAGAACAGCGCCAAGUUGAAGAUAAAGGCGGAGAGGUUGGAGAGGAGGGUAGAGGAUUCAGAGAGGCUACAAGAGGCGUUGGGAAGUGCCAGAGAGGAGGCCCAAUCAGCAAGGAAGCAGGUCACGGCCCUAGAGAUGAAGAUUGCUUCUUACGAUGACCACGAUAGGACUAUAGCGGCUCUCACUAAGAUGAACCAGGAAUUGGACCAACGGGCCACGGAGGCUGCUAGUGAGGCUGAGGCUGUGAGGGAGAUGUAUGAGGAGAAGUUGGAGGCGUUGGGGGAAGAGAUGAAGGGUCUCCGGUCCAACUGGGAGGAGUCUAGGAAGAGCCUUGAGACCGCCAGGGAGGAGGCUGAGCAGCUGACUGCUCGACUAGAGGGCGAGAGAAGGGCACGUUGUGAGGAGGUAGAGGAGAUGCGGAUGAGGAUGAUGAAGGCUGGGGAGGAGUCGGAGGAGAAGGUCAAGGGUCUCACUGUUGAGCUGGAGGAGGUGAGGGCCCAGUGGGGGGCUGUUGAGGCGAGGCUGAUGGAGCGGGAGAAGGAGUAUGACUGUAGAGUUAAGGAGCUAGAAGAGGGUAUGCGUGCAGACCGGGAGGCUGUUGUUGAGGAGGAGUCGAGGAUGCUGAUCGAGAUGAAGGCAGAGUUGGAGGAUAGGAAGGUUCGUCUGGAGAGAAGUGAGGAGGAGGUGGCUGCACUGCAGAGGGAGUUGAUGAUGAUGAAGGGGGAGGACGAAGGAGGGGGAGGGGGAGUAGCUGAGGAGGGGGGAAGGAAAAGAAGGAGGAGGACCACCGAUCACGGCGAAGCAGUCCGAGCGUCCGUGGAUCAAUCUAUAGCAACGGAGGGGCCUGCUUGGGCCCUUAUGGUCAAUGUCUCUAGCAAUACGGCUUUUAUUGAGGAGGAUGCUACUGUUGGGGAUAGGGAGGUUGAUGAGGAGAAAUGGCGUGAUGAGGUGGACAGGCUCACAGAUGCUCUGAAGGAGUCUCGGGGAAGGUUGGCAGCUGCUUGGGAGGAAGGCGAGAGGCUUGCGGGGCUACUAGAAGAGGGUAAAGAGAGGGCCGAGGUGUUCAUGAGGCAGAGGGAUGGGGAGAGGAAGGGGAUGCGGAUGAUGAUAGACGAUCUGGAGGAGGAGUUGGAGCGGUAUAAGACCUGUCUGGCGGAGCGGGAGGCGACGGAGGUAGAGGCUAUCACGGAGGCUAUACUGAAGGAUGCUACGGAGAGUGCGAUCACUAUGGCGGUGGCGAGGGAAAUGGGGAAGUCUAGUGAGGGUCUGAGGAUGGGCCUGGAGGAGAUGCGGGGUAAACUAUGUGUGGAGUGGGGGGCCAGGGGGUGCCUCGAGGAGACCAACAGAAGGCUGGAGAUGAUGUUGAGGGAGGCCCAGGGGGAAGGGAUGGAGAUACGACACCAGUGUGCUGAGCUGAAGGCGGCAGUAGAGCGUUCAGAGCGGGAACGGGAGAGUGUUUCGAUGAUGAAGGAGGAGGAGACGGAGGCUAUGAAUCGACUGGACGAGGCAGUGAGGAAGCUGGAGGGGGAGCGGGAGGAGGUGCGGGGGAGAUGGGAGGAAAUGGAGGGCAGUCUUCGAAGGGAGCUGGAGAAUUUGGGGGAAGAGAUGAUGCAGUGGAAGGAGCGAGCGGGGGAGGCAGAGGAGAGGCUGCUGGAGGAAGCUAGGAAGGCUGAGGUCAAGGAUGAAGAGAGACAAGUCUAUGAGGAGAAGCUUAAAGAGUUGUCUCAACAGCUGUCGUGCUCUGGUGACACGACAGAGAGGCUGAUGAGGGAGCUGGAGGGGGCCCGGUUGGAGGGAAAUGAAGUUCGGCAGUGCUUGGUGAACCAGAGGGAGGGCUAUGAGAAAACGAUAGCUCAGCUAGAGGAGAAUUUGCGAGACGUGGAGGGUAAGUUGGCAGCUGCUGAGGUGAGUGUAGAGGAGUCCAGAGUGGAGCUAGCGGCACGGGAGGAGGAGCUCAGUCGGGAGGUGAAGGAGAGAGGAGAGGCGGUGGAGGGCUUGGAGAGGCAAUUGGAGGAAGCGAGAGGGAAGGUUGACGAGCUACAGAGGGCUCUAGUGGAAGAAGAGGAGAAGUACUCCGUGUUGGCUCAAACGAAUGAACGGCAUAUUGCGGCUUUAGAGCGGCAGAUAGAGCAGGCUAGGGUGGGGUAUGAGAAACAUAUAGAUGAGGUUGGUGGGGGAGAGAUGGUCGCCUACAUGAAUAAUCAUCUGUUGGAAAUACAGAGUGAUCAUGAGGUAGAGAUUGCUAGAAUCGGCAAGGAGGCUAUCAUAGAGCACGACGAGCUCAUAGAGGCCUACAAUGCCCGUAUGGCUCAACUGCAGGAAGAGAUUGAUGAAAAGGAUGCUAAGAUAGAGGCGUUGAGUAAGGAAGCAACUGUAUUAGUGGAAACUCUGAAGGAUGCUGCUCGUGAUGAAGCCGCACAAAUCAGCGAGGAAUACGAGGGGAAGAUGGAGGACUUGGAGAAGGAGCUGGGCAGGGUUAGAGCUGAGUUGGAGGAAGCGAAGAGGGAGGGCGAGGGGCGUCUUGAGAGGGCGAUGGCUGAGUUCGAGGAGAUGCUCCGACAGAAGGAGGCUGAGUACCGACAAGAGCUACAGCGCAUGGAGGAGGCAGAGAAGGCCAGGCUGGAGGAGAAGGAAAAGGAGGGCGAGCUUGUGAGGGGGGAGCUGCAGAAGACGAUAGCGCGACUUUUCGAGGAGAAGGAGGAGCUCGUGGAGAUGCAUGCUAAGACUGAGGCUAUGUUGGAAAAACAAAUGGCAGAGGUGAUGUGUUGA